AUGACUAGCAGUCCCUUCUCUCCUUCCUCUCUUCCUGAUAGAACUUGCUAUGCUUCCUCUUUUGCGCCAUCUACAGUGACGAUUGUGAGGCCGUGCGCCGCAUGCAAGGUUCUCCAGCGGCGGUGCGUUGAGGAAUGCAUUCUGGCGCCCUACUUUCCACCCAACGAUCCACUCAAGUUCACCAUUGCCCAUAGAGUCUUUGGAUCGAGCAAUAUCAUCAAGAUGCUCCAGCCAGAAAUUCCAGAGUGUCAUAGAGCAGAUGCAGUGAGCAGCAUGGUUUACGAAGCGAAUGCCAGGACGAGGGAUCCGGUGUACGGCUGCACCGGCACCAUCUGCCAGCUCCAGAAGUAA